UGGCGCGGUUGCCAUGGCAGCGGCCGGGCCGGGGCCGGGCGGGGAGGAGCGGCGCCGCCGGGGCAGCUCAGCCUUGGUCCCGCAGAGCUCCCGGGUGCAGCACGGCGGCUGGCCGGCCUCCGCAGCCUUUCCCCGGUGGACCAGGAGCUUGUCGGACACAGCGCAGCAUUGGUGCGGCCCACGGGCCGAGCUGGGCUGGAGCCGCGGGGCCUCAUCCAGCCGCCCCGGCAUGGCGCACCUCCUGGGCAGCCCCGCCUGCAUGGACAGCCUGAGGGCUGACAUCACAGACCUGCAAGGAGCCAUCGCCGACGUCUCAUCCCGGGCUGGGGCUGUUCGUUACCCUUCCUGGAAGUUCCCCGAUAAAGUGUCCUGCGAGUUGGACCUGGUGGAGCUGCUGGAGCGCUACGACUACGUGGAGAACGACCUCGAGUUCACCCAGCAUUCCCACGUGGUGCUGCUGGAGCUGGUGAUUGACAGAAGGCUGCUCCUGCUGCUUCAGAGCUUCACAGGCUACACAGAAAACCUGCUCAGCGAGAAAGCCAUCCCCCCAGCACGGCCGGUCGGACCCUGCAUGUCGGCAGGGCUGACGGUGCGCAAGUACUGGAACAGCAUGCUGAAACUGGGAGCCCUCUACCAGCAGCUCUUGACCGAGAAGAAGACUUGCAGAAAGGACAUCCCCACACUGAAAUCUACCCCUGAGGGUGUGAAAACUGAGAAGGAGUGUUUGAAGAGCUGUUCACCGACAGUUUCGGAGUUAACCUCAUCAAUAGAUGUUGCCCAGCCAACCUCUUCGUGCCUGUUGCAGAGUGUCAGCGUGCCAGACUGCGACAUCUCUGGCAGCUCACUGCCCAGGUCUGUGUGUAGCAUCACGGAGAGCAGCCGCAACAUCCCCACGCAGACAACUGAGUCAUCUCUGGUACCCUGUGACUCGUGCGCUGGUGCACAAGCCAGCCUCCGGGAGGUCAGCAAAGCCAUCACCAGCAUCUGCCAGAGUCAGAACAUCCCCUCGGCUCUGAGCAGAUUCCAUGAGACGUUGGAGGAGACCAUGGGUAGAAGGACCCUCUCUGCGAUGGACAUGAGUUACUGGGCCUCAGAACAAAGCAAGGACCUCUCCCGGAUCAGCAAACAUCUCCACAUGCUGCUGGAGCUGAUAAACCCUUUGAAGCUGAAGUUGGAAGAAGCAGAGAAACAGAAGGAUGAGCUGCGGAAGCAGGCUGAGGAAUUUGCCAAGUUGCUUCAGGAGGAGAAGAAAACCCAAGAACAGCAGAAGGAGGAGGCUGAGCAGACCCUGGAAGCAAAGAAGAAAGAAUAUUUGGAGACUGUAGCCAAACUGGAGCGGGACAAGGAGGACCUACGGAGAGGAGCUACUCUGCUGGAAGAGCGAAUCUCUACCUUAAAGGAAGAGCUGGCUGCUAAACAAGCUACUCUGCAGGAGCAGGAGGUGACCAAAAAGACCCUGCUGGAGGACAUGAGAACCAAGAUGGUGGCCAAGAGCCAGGUGCUGGAGCUGGAGGAGAAGGUGCAGCUGCUCACUGGCCAGCAGGAAGGCAUGGGCCAGGAGCUGAGCGCCAUCACCACCCAGCUAGAGAAAGAGAAGGCCAAAGUAGAGAGUAUGCUGAGGCACGAGGAGUCCCUCCAGGCCAAGCAGAGAACUCUGCUGCAGCAGCUGGACAGCCUGGACCAGGAGUGUGAGGAGCUGCGAGCCAGUCUGGGAGAAGCUGAGGAGGACAAGGCCAGGCUGGCAGAGCAGCUGAAGGAGAGCCAGGACAAGUGGGAGCAGAGCGGGUGCCAGCUAGAGGCACAACAGAAGCUGCUGGACACCCUGCAGCAGGAGAAGCUGGGCCUGGAGCAGUCCAUCUCUGAGCUACACACAAACAUUUCUGGCCUGGAGGAGCUGGUCCGGGAGCUGAAGGAGCGGGAAAGGCUGCUGGUGUUCUUCCCGGAGCUCCACGUCCCCGUUGAGACACAGUUUGAGAGCACCGGGAAUAUCACUGAGGACAUGGAGAAGCAGCUGCAGGCCAACAACAUCAGGCUCAGCAUCCUGGAGCAGGAGAACAGGCGGCUCAGGGCUGCACUAGCCAAGGUGAAGGUGGCAGCUCAGCAGGGAGCAUUGAAGCUCAUCCCACAGACCCAGCUGUGGACUCAGCUCAGCAGCCAGCACAGCUGGGAGGCCGGCACACAGCAGCUCCAUGGGCCGGCAUCGGGGCCCCCGAGCAGCCAAGGCAGCAGGGAUGGUGCAGGGGCCCACAGAUCCGCAGGCAAGACCCACCCGAGACCUCCCAGCAGCCAGCCAACAAAGCCACCCUCUGCAGACCCCACGCGUAAGGCUGGUCCCUGCCUCUUGCUCCCAGCUGAGGGCCUGGUGCUUGGCACCCACAGCGAGCCAAGAGGGAGAGGCAGCGCCGCCAGAGCAUACAGCCUCUCCUCUCGCAGCACCAGGAGCCACCGGAAAUAGAAGCUCAAGAGACUGACACAGAAACAAAGCUUUCACUGAGCAGCACAGAGCUGCCUACUGUUCCCCUCGGGACCUUGUUAUGUUUGUGCAAGCACGAAGGUAUGUUCCCAUGGGCAAUCUGGGCCUGUCUUCCCUUCCCCUGCUCCCGGCCGGGCUCGGGAGGAGCGAGCAGGGGAAGGGAUGCUUGGUGCCAGGGACAUUGCUGGGCACUGGCGCUCGGUCACCCCUGGCUGAGCUGCCAGUGUAAUCGCAGGCACAGCUUCAAUCCCGGCUACCUCACAGUCACCCAGACAAUGCCUGGGCACAGCUCAAGAGGCAGCUCAGGCCAGGAACCAUUCCCAAGAGGCAACUGGGAUGCGGCCACCCUGCUUUGAAGGGGAAGAGAACUUAUAGCAGUGUUCACACCACCCCAUGCCAGCUGGCUUCAGGAUGAGGAGCCUGAGCUGUGUUUAACUCACCAGCACAGACUCAGUCUAGGAAAGCUGCUCUCUCUGUACCACACAGCAGCGGUAAGUGGUCACAGUGGUCAGGGACCCCCGAGCCUCCAGAGCAGGCUGGCGCUGAGCACCCCGGGGGGCUUGCAGGCCUCAGCGCUUCCUGCGCGUGGCCCCGAGGGCCAUCUGCCCGCCUGGGCGCUGGGCUGGUACGUGAGCAGCACUGCACGAUGGGUGGUGAGCACCCC